GCAGCUGGUUUUCUAAAAUGGAGGGAGGGAAGGAAGCAGUUGUAGGAAAUGUAGGUCCAGCCUUCACCUAAGUAUAAAUAGCAGACAACGAAGCAAGAUGCAUUAAAAAAACUGAAUGGAAAACUCAGAAAAAGUAUAGAGAGAGAGAGAGAGUAUUCUAUGUCUGAGACAGUGGAGAAAGCUUAGGGGUCUUUCAUCGGUUCUCCGUUCCUGUUCUCGAGGCUCUCUCUGCCUAUCAUGAACCCUAGCAAAAUUGCAGAAAAUCUCUUCCACCAUAACCACCACCACCACCACCACCCCCACCAUCACCAUCUACAUCCACCCCAGAUCACGGACCACCACCAGCAGCAGCACAGCCACCACCAUCCGCAGCACCACCAGGACCAACUUCAGCCGCCGAUUCAAGACUCUCCUCACUUCCCUCUCCCUCCGAUCUCCGAAUUUGUGCUCUUCCGCGACGACGAAGAUGACGACACGGGCAGCCCCUCCUCCUCCGACCAGGAUGACCCGACUCGCGCGGUCUCCUCCUCCGCCUGCAACGACGUCAUGUCGUCCUCCGCCACCACUACUGCGACGGUGGCCACCAAAAUCCCUCACUCUCCGGCGUACAUUAACCCGGAGCCCCACAUCUCCUCUCAAUUCUACACUUUCAACAGCGAGUCGCAUGCCCUAAUGAUCCGUUGCAUUCUCGAGGGCCGCCUGGCUACCCCCGACGAGAUCCGCGCGGCCACGCCCGACUCUGUCCUCAUGAGCUGGCGUGCCGUGUGGAGAGACCGCAACGAGGACACUGCGUACCUCACGGCCUGGAAGCGCAUUCAAGACAAGCUCUCCGCCCACGUCGAUGCCACUGGUAACGAAUUUCUCUGUUUCAAGAACAAUUCGCAGCAAUUUGUGUCUCAUGUUAAUCAAUGGCAAGACAUUGUCAUGGGUUUCCACGGGGACACCGAUUUGAAACACUUAGGGCUUAAGGAAACCAUAGACAGAAUCAAGCAAGUGUGGACUGUAGGUGCAAAAUUCUAUGGAAUUCCUGAAUCUUUUAUUAGGGUUUGUGUUGCUGCGUGCCCCCUCUGCUCUGACUCCUUAGGAUCUGGGGCAAGGACAAAGCGGCGCAGAUUUGAGUACACAGAGUCUAUUGAUGUCCCUGCAAAGGAGGUGCCGCAUAGGUUGCAGCAAUUGGCAGCAAAGCAUAAGGUGGUGCUUUGCAUUAGGCAAAAGUACAUUAGGUAUAAGCCUUUUAUGGCUGAGGUUAAGGAUUAUGCAUGUCAUAGGGCAGGGGAGCCGGCAGCAAAGAAAUCAAGGAUUUUGAAGAGGGAACCAUACGCAUCAAAGCGCUGUGGAUGUGGGUUUCGGAUUAGGGCAAUUGUACCAAUCUCAAAUUACAAUGAGAAGGACAAGACUUUUGUGUAUGAAGAAGAGGGGAUGGCAGUGUUCAAGCUUUAUGCGGUGCAUUCAGGGCAUGAACCUGGUCCAUCAGAUGGGAAUGCGAGGAUCAUGCAUCGGGUGGUUGGACAUAAAGGAGGAUUUUUGAUGGAUCAUGACCCUGUGUAUGGGAUUAGCGAUGAUGCUGAGAAUGAGAGUUUUGGUUUUAUGGGGAAGGAUGAUGGGGACUUACAGAUUUCGAUUAUGCAGCAGCUGCAAGAAUUGAGAGCUGAAGUUGGCUUACUUGAAGGAAAAAUAGCAAAAAUCCCACGGGAGCUAUUGCGUUCCGUGUCUCGUGAACUCUUUGAAGUUUUGAAUAAAGUUCGGAGUGUCAGAGAAUGUGUCUCAAAGCCAGAUGAUUUGCUUUCAGACAAGCAACAUUCAAAUGAUGUUUUGGUGGGGGAGAGUGAUUUGGCACAUUGGAGUGACCACCCCCAUGAACGGAUGUAUGGAGAUGGUAAGGAGACAGAAUUGAUUGAGGAAGAUGAAGACAGCUUUGGUAGAACCCUUGGGGAUGUUACAACAUGGGAUCAGAUGAGGACAGAAUGUAGGACUCAGAAGGAUCUGAUGAGUGAGACUUGUAAAACUGAGAAGUGGCUGAAGUGCAGCGAGUUCGACCACAAGAGUAUUCUUGACUGUGAAGAUACUAAACUAACCAAGCCCAUUCAACAUGAUGAGACCAUGGUUACUGAUGUAGGUCUUGUUGGUAUACAGGUAGACAGUUUUUACCCAGAGAAUUCUAAAUGGUAUGAUUCGCCCUGUGGAUUGGACCCUGGUGCAGACUGUGGGGAUAGUGGUUUCAGGCAUGGGGAAAUUGUGUAGUCUGAUUGAGCUGGUUAACCCACUCUAACAUAUAGUUGUAUUGUAAAGCCAUUCUUCCUUUUGUCCCAGUUGGAAGUGGGUUGUAUAUUCAUGUAUACAGAAGAUGGAGCCUCUCACAUGAUUUUUGGUGUACUCGGUGCAGUGGUUCUGUAAAGUAUACCCAUUGGGCUUCCCUGCACAUACAACCUUCUUUGAUAAAUGUUUGUUAAUCAUGUUUCGGGCCUUCAAGAUAUUUAUUUUAGAUAUCUGUUCUGGGCCUUCAAAAUAUUUAUUUUGGAUAUUUUGAUGUAUAUGGGUGACUAUUAUCCAUUCUCUUCUCUAUUCUUUGAAAUGCUUGUAUUUAUUAUCAGUCCUGCCCAGCUUUUUGAUCUCUUUACCGCAUUCUGAGAUCCAUUGUACUUAUUCUUUGUGAUAUGUAUUUACUUUUUCUCCCA